AAGCAAAUUUGAAUUUAUAAUUUUAAUUUAUUUUUUACUUCGAUUAAGAACGGAAAAAAAAAAUUUUACAGCUGUCAUAGAUUUUUCUCCGUGCUAGACGCCUGCAGGACUUGUUUACAACAGUUUACAACCAGCCGGCAAAUUUGAAGAAAACCUUGCAUUUAUUUAAACUUGCUGUACUGAAAUCUUCCAGAAUAAUGAUGCGUGACGCCGAUUUUGUAGAUCCGAAAAAUGUGGUCAAAUGUCGGGAAUUACUCUAUCGACUUAUGAUAAGUCAACUUUUCUACGAUGGGCAUCACCAACUGGCGGUGGAAUUGACCGGAUUAGUUAGGGCCGAUCCACCCUGCCCGCCAAGUGAUCGACUCUUGAACAUCUUCCGGCAGGCUUGCCAAAUUGAUUCUAGCAAGCAGAGCAAUGUUUUCGACGAAAUAAGCUCCGGGCUAGAUUUGGAGUUCGAAAUCGAAAGCAGCGCCAUGGCACCGGAACCGGCUUCGUAUGAAACGGCCUAUGUCACUUCGCACAAGGCCGCAUGCCGGGCUGGUUGUUUCAGCUAUGACGGGCAGCUGGUGGCUACUGGCAGUGUCGAUGCCAGUAUUAAGAUUCUGGAUGUCGACCGGAUGUUGGCCAAAUCAGCACCGGACGAGCAGGAUGCCGGAAGAGAGCAGCAGGGCCACCCGGUUAUAAGGACCCUGUAUGAUCACACAGAUGAGGUGGCUUAUCUUGAGUUUCACCCGAAGGAUCAGAUUCUUGCUUCGGGUGCCCGCGAUAGUACCGUUAAACUUUUUGAUAUAUCCAAAGCAUCGGUCAAGAAAGCUCAUAGGGUUCUAAGCGAUUGCGCUCCGGUGCGUUGUCUAGCAUUCCACCCGACCGGAGAUUACAUGGCCGUUGGUACCGAUCAUCCUGUUUUGCGUGUGUACGACGUCCAAACCGGUCAAUGUUUUGUCAGCGCCAUUCCAUCGCAACAGCACACCGAUUCAAUCACCUGUAUCCGAUAUGCGGUCAACGCAAAGGUGUAUGCCAGCGGCAGCAUGGAUGGAAGCAUCAAGUUGUGGGACGGCGUCAGCGGACGAUGUAUCAACACUUUCGCUCAGGCACACGAUGGGUCCGAGAUCUGUUCAGUGGUUUUCACUCGCAACGGCAAGUAUUUGCUCUCUUCCGGCCAGGAUUCGCUAGUUAAAUUGUGGGAACUCAGCACGAGUCGUUGCCUGAUCGCUUACACCGGAGCCGGAACAACUGGAAAACAGGAACAUCAAACCCAGGCUGUUUUCAAUCAUACCGAAGACUAUGUACUGUUCCCCGAUGAGGUGACCACAUCUUUGUGUUCGUGGAAUUCCCGUAAUGCUUCUCGUUGUCACCUGAUGUCCCUGGGGCAUAACGGAGCUGUUCGAUUCAUUGUCCAUUCGCCAAACCACCCGGCAUUCUUGACCUGUUCGGACGAUUAUCGAGCUCGGUUUUGGGUGCGCCGCUCGAAUUCACACUAAGCAGACGCGCGAAGCGAGAAAAAAAAAAUCUGCGCCAAUCCAAUAUCAUAUUUCAUGCAUAAGUGUUUAGAAACCUAAUGUGUAAGGUUGCGAACGCAAAAGGCGGAAGAAUAAAUGCAACAAUGAGGAGAACUUUAAA